AUAGAUAACUAUCUAUACAAAUUUGACAGCUGUCAAAAUUCAAUCAGCAUCGCGGAAAAGAGGCUUUGUUACAUGCCUUUUUAAAGAUAGGAUAAUCGAUAAUUAUACUAAUAAGUAAGUAAUAAUGACAAUAUUUUUAUAAGAAAAUUAUUUCCUGUAAUUAUACUAUCAAAAUGAUUAAACUAUGACGGAAUUUAUGUAUCAAUGUUGCUGUCAAUACUUUUAUUGUAUUAAAAAAUUAAGAAUCAUCAACAUUCUACAUCGAUGUGUUAAUAUUAAUUUACACACCAUCAACAAUAGUGUCAAUAUUUAUGACAAUAUUAAUCGUGUGUAAGGUUAAUUCCUAUUACACAACACUUAUUGCAGGCACGGCACGCACAUGUCGUUUUUCACAUUUACAACCCGCACGUAUUAUAAUGGAUCGAACAUCUGCCGCAGCAACCAAUGUUUUCCCUUUUUAUUCGUGCGGAAUCCAUUAUAUUCUGCUCGCCAGUCUUUCAUGGGCGCUGUCGGAUAAUAAGCGCAUAAAAAAAUCAGUCAAUAAGAUGUAACUAAAAGUGUAUCAAAAAAUCGCAGUCGUGCAAUAAUGCGGCGCGCAUGUGAAAAAGAUAUUGAAAAGAAUUUUUCUUCAUGAAUUCGAUUUGAAGAGAGCGGAUAUGUUAGAGACGCGUUCCGCGGUUUAUAAGAUGAUGAAGGAAGAGGCCCACGACGAGAGACAGAUAACUGAUUGGCCGCCGCCCUUCUCAUCCGAAACCACGCCAUACAGCGAGAGCGACUUCGGCAGCCUGAUCAGGCGGACCUGCGAGAGCAAGAGCCUGACUCUCCGAAUCUCCAAGGUGAUCGUCAUCGGCGACGUCGCCGUCGGCAAGACGUCGUUGGUCAACCGCUUUUGUCACAGGCACUUCGACAACAAUUACAAGGCCACCAUCGGCGUGGACUUCGAGGUAGAGAGGUUUGACAUCCUCGGCGUGCCCUUCCACUUGCAAAUAUGGGACACCGCGGGGCAGGAAAGGUUCAAAUGCAUCGCGGCGUCCUAUUAUCGCGGCGCAAAUGUAAUCAUGGUCGUUUUCGACCUGGGGAACCUGAUGUCGCUGACGCACUGCCAGCAAUGGUUGAACGAGGCUAGUCGCAGCAACGUUGGCCCUCAUCAUAUUUUUUUGGUCGGCGCUAAGAAGGAUCUAUUAUCUCAUCCAGUGUACGAGAUAAUCGAAAAGCGAGCGAUUGAGACAGCAAGGAGGAUGCGGGCGGAAUACUGGGCGGUCUCGUCGAGGACAGGCAACGGGGUAUUUGAACUGUUCACGCGGGUCGCCGCACUUUCUUUUCACGCGAUGGCCCUGCGGGAAAUGCAGAGCUUAAAACUCGAGCCGAUCAACAUCGGCUCGGCAACGAUAACGUUGAACAGGCAAUCGAAGGAAACCGAGAUAAAGCGGCGGGGAGGGCUAAAAUGUUCCAGAUGUCCGAUGUGACAACGGAAUUCAAUAAAUAUUUAAGUAAUAUUACAGACGAUAAAAUAAGAACUAAAAAAAAAAAAUAAAGACGGUCAGCUUUGAUAAACAG